UAUCAAGGCUUUAAAAGUUGAAGUUUUUGUUUGGAUAAUGGAAAUGUGGAAUAAACAACGUUAAUAGUUCUAUUUUCUGUACGACACUACGACCCUGGGCUGUGUUUUAUCGCUAAUAAAUUACUCUCUCAUAGAGCGCAACAAUAUUAAAUGUUAAUUAUACUUUCAAACCGUUCAACUUGAACUUUUCUCACUCCCCAAGUAAAAACUCGCGAAUCCGCCAUCCUUAUGUUCAAUAUUUAUUUAUAGUUAAAUUUUUUUUUACAAAUGUUUAAAAUACCCUUUUGUGUUCCGCCGUCGAAGUGCCUAUGGAGUCGUUAGACACAUUAAACCUGCGAGUAGGUGAAUGUUCGUUUUUGGAGAUAGCCUUGGCCGACGUCAACCGUUUCAUCAACACUUUUGUUUUAGAAAAGAAAAUGUUGAAAUGUGGUACUUAUUUUCCCUCCAUUAAGUGCACGUAAUCGUUUUUUAGUGCAUACUCUGGUGCAAAAAUUCUUUAACGAAUUGAAUACCGUAUCUAUUGGUAGCAGCUUCGGAAGACGCAUAGUCGUUUAUCAUUCUUCACUUAAACCAAUGCUUUGUGAAACAGAUCUGGAUGAUGCUGAAAUGCAUGAUGGAAAUAAUUCUAGUAUACAUCGAGCAUAUAGAACCCCUAACGAAAGGAAGGCCCAAGAAAGAUUAUUUCAGUCACUUAAGCCUAAAACAUUAGAUCCAAGUAAAAGAUCCCAUCAGCGCAAACAAUCUAAAAGGCCAGAUAUUCCUAUUUAUAUACCUAAAGCACUUAGGGGAUUAGCCAAUAAAACCGUUUCCAACACUACUAGUACAAAUAAUAGUUCAGAUUCAACUCCAUCAAAUAAACUUAAUGCUAAUUGUAGAGUUCAAGAUGAUUCAAGCAACACAUUAUAUUCAAAAGAUAAGAAAGGUUCAAUGUCACUAUUGAAUCUCGAUCAACACAAUAAUAUUGUAUUAGCAUCUUUAAAUUCAUUUAAAUUUGUAGACUUAUCAAAUGAAAUGUUUAUUAAUGAUGUUAAUAAUGAAUUUAAAACUUCAUAUUGUGAUUCAUCUCAGUUCUCAGAUUCUUUAUCUUCUAGUAUUCUUCCAGAUUCUGUAGAUAUAAAUGGAUCUAAUUCAAAUUCAUCUAUAACAAAUCAAAUAAUUAACAUUAAAAAUCCCAACUUGGAGGAUAAUGAAUUAGAGUCUAAUACUACAAUUAACAACUGUGAUAGUGUUCUAACUAGAAGUGAAAAUGUCGAUUGUAUCAGUAUUCAAAAUUCUACAUCUGUUAAUUUACCUGACCGUCAAAUAUUAGAUGUUAACGAUAAAAUUACAACUGACGAUGCAUUAUUACCUCAGAAAACUACAAAAUCAAUGGAUCCAUUUUUAGUUGAUGAUAACAUCUCAGAUAUGUCUAAUAAUCAACUAGAUGAAUUGCAUAAAAGAAAUGAAGUAGUUUUUUCUAGUGGGCUUGAAAUAGAAUUAAAAGAAGAACACAAUACAAACUGUCCUCAUUAUUGUUUGGAUGAUAGUUUCACAAGCGGGCCAUUGACAGAUGUUGACGAAAAUUAUCCUAAAAACUUAAAUGAAGAAUUGACUGUCCAGCAAAGUCCAGUGUUAAUUAAUAAGUCUUUAGAAAUUCUUGAAAUUAAUGAAAAGAAAAAAGAAAAGAAAAAAAAAAAGAAAAAGAUUUUAGAUGUAGAUGAAUGUAGUUGGGAAGAUAUGUAUGAUAAAGAAGAUGAUUAUAUACAUCCAUUGCUUAUGAAAGAAUUAGUUUCUACAAUAGGGAAGGUUCAAGUUCAAUGUGCAAAAGAAGAUUACCGUAGUUAUCAAACAAUUGAAGAACGUUCAGGUGAUGGUGAAUGUGUUAUUGAGGUGUAUGGUUUUUCUUCUGAAUUGAAAACAAUUGAUCUAAUGAAUCAAUUUGCUGCAUUUCGUAAAAAACAUUUUGAAAUUAUUUGGGUAGAUGAUACUCAUGCAUUAGCAGUAUUUGAAAGUCCACAUUUAGCUGAUCAAGCAUUAAACACACCAUUAGCUCUUGUGAAAACCAGGCCUCUUAAGAAUGCUACCAAAGAGUCAAAGCUCAGAGCGGCUACAGUUGUUGCUCUCCCAGCAACUAGGCCUAAAACUUGUACUGCAAUGGCUAGACGACUAGUGAGUAGUGCUUUAGGACUAAAGAUGAAUGUAUCACCAGAUCUUAUAAAUGCUGAACGUACAUUGUUGGCAAAUGCUAAAGAGAAAAAAAUUCGCGAUGCUCAACAAAAACACGAUAUAUGGAACAAUGAAUCAUGACAUGAUCAUUACUAUAGUGUACAAAAUACAGUAAAUUAUUUUUCUAAAGCCUCUAAACAUUUUUUAAGCAUUACAUAAUUUUAUUAAACUGUAGAUUUUUAAAGUACAGUGUGAAUUAUUACUAUAUAUAUAUAUAUGCAUAAGAUAUUUAUUUAUUGACAGAACCAGCAAAAAAAAAUAUAAAAAAAUUGUUUCGUCAUUUUUGUAUAAGUAUUAAGACAAUCAUUUUAAACAGAUUUAAAAUUAAAUGAUGUAUAAUUUUUGUAAUAAAUUUGUUUUUUUU